AAAGAAUCAAUCCUCAAGCUGAACAAGCCGAUAUUCUAGUCAAUUUUAUAAUAUAUCUAACUAGCCCCUGGCAUGAGAAGCUCGGGUCAAAUAAAAUGAAUCCUGAAGAGCCCCCCAUCGUCGAUUUCGCACCAUUCUAUGGCCCGGAUACAGCAGCAAAGGAACAGAUGGUGCAGGAAAUACGCCAGGCCUGCGAAACGUUUGGAUUCUUCCAACUCAUCAACCAUGACAUCCCAUUAGAUCUGCAGCAGGCUAUCUUCAAACAGAGCAAAGACCUAUUCGACCUUCCCACGCACAUCAAAGAGAAAUACGAUAAAGACAUCGGCGGCUUCAACCUCGGCUAUGAGCGACUGCGCGCGCAGAACUUUGAGAAACGCGCCCAGGGCGAUCUCAAAGAAGGCUUCUACCUCGGCAAGCAUCAUCCGCUCGACCAUCCGUCUGUCGUUGCGGGCAAGUUUGGGCAUGGACCAAAUCAGUAUCCGCAGGAGGUCAGCGAUCCAGAGGAAUUCCGGCGAGUGGUGGACGAGUAUCAUGCUGUGAUGACCGGUCUUGGAGAGGGAAUUAUGAAGAUGAUUGCGCGGACGCUGAAGUUGGAGGAGAAUGCCUUUGAUGAGUACUGUCAGAGUCCAGCAGCUAUUCUGCGGCUGCUGCAUUAUCCAUCGCAGGACCCGAAUGCGUCUGAGUUAGAGAGGGGAAUCGGCGCACACACAGACUUUGGCGGCAUCACCAUCCUCCUGCAAGACAUGACGGGCGGUCUCCAAGUAUGGAACAACAUCUCCUCGCAAUGGGUAGACGUGACCCCGGUCCCCGGUGCGUUUGUCGUGAAUCUAGGAAAUAUGAUGAUGCGAUGGACCAACGAUCGCUACCUGUCGAAUUUACAUCGAGUCAUCAAUCGGUCUGGCAAGGAACGAUAUAGUGUUCCGUUCUUUUUCUCGGGAAAUCCUGACUAUACGGUUGAGUGUCUUCCUACAUGUCUGGGACCGGGAGAGAGUCCCAAGUAUCCGCCUGUGAAUGUGGGGGAAUGGAUGGUGGGGAGAUAUGCGGAUACUUAUGGGACAUCUAAUACAGAGGCAAUAGGGGAGUUGCGGAGGGAACCUGCUGCUGGGGGUAGUAGUUAGCGAUUGGAUUAUGCGGAUAUUAUUGAACAUUUCCAGACAUUAAUUCGAGAGUAUGUCCAAGCGAUCUGACAUUGUAUUCUUGAUAAUGGAGAGAACCGGUCGGGUAUAAGGUGGGGUAAUAAUUCCCACGACAAGGCUGAUAUUCAGUGUGGUAAGGCUGCAUUUACUUUUUGUGGCUGACAGAAAAAGCAAG